AUGAUUGACACUCGCCUCCCCUCCGUGGACCCAAUGGUCCUAUUCCUCCGGGAAGAGGCCAAUUCAAAGGAUAGACAAGCAAUCUCCAUGAUUGAGACCUCUAAGAAGUCCGCUUUCCUCUUCCCUCGCACUACCCUUCCCCGCCCCUCGUCCAAUGCUACUGAGAUCUUCGACUCCGAUGCCGAGUCCGACGUCGGUGAUCUGGAGAAAAGCCCCCAAAUGCUUGCAAGUGGUAGUGUCUCGUCGGCAUCAUCGCCGGACAUCAAGACUCCACGUCUGGCAGAGCUGGAUCCCUUCCACUUCGGCUUCGAUGGGAAGCAGAUCAAAGGACCCGAGGGCCCGCACCUUUUCCGGCAUUCGGCUGGUUUUUCGGAUAUGCAGUCUUUUCUGGACGUUGAUAUCAUGCUCCAGCGUACCCCGACCUUCCCCACCUUCCCUCAGUCUGAUCGAAAGGCACCCAAGCAGAAGCGUACCUCCAUCGAGGAGAUUGGAUCGGACGUUGCCAACUGGACCCCGGCACAGGUUGUCCGGUGGGUUCAGAGCCUUGGCUUUGACUCCUCGGUCGUCGAGCGAUUCUUCAUCAACGACAUUUCCGGUGCCAUCCUCCUCGAGCUGCAAUCCGAGGACCUCAAAGAACUGGACAUCCGGUCCUUUGGCAAGCGUCAUCGUUUGCUAAAUGAGAUCAGUCAGCUCCGUGACCAUAUCAUGGUCUUGCCGAAUGACUUGCCCCCAUAUGAGAUCGACAUCAUUGACGAUGACUACAACAACGCCAGCACCAACGCAACCCCGGCCCCGGUGACCCGGCCCGAGGUUCUUCGGCGCGAGUCUAGGCAGGAAGAGCAAAUCCUUCCUGACGACUCAGCGUCAAUUGUUGCUAUCGAACAGUACUUGCCAAAGAUCCACAAGUGCUCCAAGGGUGAAAGAUGCCGCAAGUGGCAGAAGCAACAGGCGAGACUGGCUCGCAUGACCGGCGGACUACCCAUCGAGCCUUUCAAUGGAUCGGUCACCUUCGUCGAUAAGCCUGCUCCCCUUGACCUGUCGUCCGACAUGGCUCGUGGCAUUCCUUCCACGCUCAAGACCGAUGGAACCUUGUCCGUUGUCGCCUCCUCGGAUGUGAUGGGGCCAGGGCAAACGCCCGACUUCCGCCUCUCGGAAGAGAAGCUGAACGGAAUGCCCGCCCCCCGUGACCCCCAAGAGAAUGUCCGUCACUUCCUGAGCUUCCAGCAUGUCAGUCAGCUCCAACCAGUGGCGCAACCCUUGGUGUCUGCUGCCAGCUUUGAGCCAGUCGUCCCAGCCAAGACGGGCACGCAUCUCGCGGCCAAUCUGGGCCAUCUGCCCAAACUCCAGAUCCCAAACACCCAGUCUGCGGCGUUCAAUGUGACCUGCUCCCCUUGCCCUUCUUCUACCCACCGAUCAGCCACUCCCUCGUCGGCCAUCAGGAAGUCUGCCUUCAUGCGGUCGUCAUCGGUGGCAGCAGCAACAAUCGCCGAAACUGAAGGGCCGUCGCCCGCGAUGUCCAGCCCCUUCUGCUCCCCGUCUGAGUAUUACCGACCCGAUCCACUCUACCUCCAUACCCAGUUCUCAGAAACCGAUGUGCAGAUGCCAGUCACAACCGCGCCGGUCACCCCGAUCGCUCGCGACGCUGCUCAGUCGGUGCCCCCCCACAUGCGCUUUGGAGGACACAAGUUGAACGGGCCCGAUCCCAUUUCGCGCCCGGCCUCGACCAAGACGGACCGUCAUCAUCGCAACGUCUCCCACCAGAGCCAGCAUUUCCGAUCCCUCGAGCGUCUCGAUGAAGGCCAGGUUCUCUCCCUGGACGACCUUGACCAGAACCCACGCGUGGCUACUGCUGUUGUUGCCACCUCUUGCCGACCCAAGCUGGUCGUCGACACCAAAAGUGGCACUGAGGUGGCCAUCAACGGCCCCAUGAAGAAGCGCAAGACCACCCGUCUCCUGCGUCAUGAAUGGGCCGAACGUCACUUUGCGCUCAAGGGAACACAGCUGGCCAUGUACUCGGACGAGCAAGCCUUCCGACGCGACUCCAAAGCCCUCGAGUACAUCGACAUCGAUGACUACGCGGUGGCAUGCUCGUCGCAGCCCUCGAGCUCCAAGCUGACAGCCGCAUUCAAGAAGACGGUUCUCAAGCGCAAGGAGAUGAUCCCGGGCGAAUCCGCCUUUGCCUUUUCUCUCAUCCCAUCGGCCAGUCCUUCCUCUUCUUCUUCUUCUUCUUCCUCCUCCUCUUCCUCCCCUUUGUCCUCGGGCUCCGACUUGAAGUCUCUCUUCAGUAACGGAAAGUCGCACCAUUUCUCCGUCCUCUCCAAAGAGGAACGAUUCGAAUGGAUGCGCGAGUUGAUGCUCGCCAAGACCAUUAAGAGAGCCCGGGACAGCGGUGCCGAGAUUAACAUGAACGGCAGUCCUGUUUAG